CCAUGGCGCUGCCGAAAUUGAACAUCAUCGUUGCAGCGUGCAAAGGAAAUGGGAUUGGAAAUCAAGGUCGCCUGCCCUGGUUCCUGCCAGCUGAAAUGAGGUACUUCCGGGAAGUGACACAAGAACGUCGUGAAGAACUCCUAAAUACAUGUGAACGAAACGCAGUCAUCAUGGGACGCAAAACUUAUGAGUCGAUUCCGGAUAGAUUCAAACCUCUGAAAAAUAGAUGGAAUUUGAUAGUUUCGAAUACAUUGACUCAAGAUGAUUUUAAAGAGCAUUCUACGGACCAAAUCGUUGUCGUUAAAAGCUUCAGUGAAGCUCUAGAGCGAAUCGCAAAGAACGGGAAAAUUGAUAAAACAUGGGUGAUAGGCGGUAAUGGCAUUUAUCAAGAAGCUAUGAAGUUGCCACUUAUUGAGUAUAUUUACUUCACAAGAAUAGACGCGGAGUUUGCGUGUGAUGUGUUUUUUCCAGAAAUCGACAAUAAUUGUUUCGAAAAGAUCAGAGAAAGUGAAGAGCACAACGAGAACAAUUUGAAUUACCGAUUUUUGAUCUAUAAAAGAAAAUCAGAAAAGUGAUUUUUAAUGAGACUAAAAGAACGAUUAAGCGUAUAUUUGGAUGAUAUUGUUAUUGUCGUUUCGUAAUCGAACGAGUAUAUUUGGAUGAUAUUGUAAUUGUCGUUUCAUAAUCGAACGAUGAGAUUUGAAUUAAUUUAUUUUAAACCCUUC